UUUUAAUGUUACAGCGAAGGUCCUAAGGCCCCAAGGCAUGAUCCUGGAACCACACUCUUGUGAAAUCCCCAUCCAAAGUUCAAGAUGAACCCUUGGAGAUCAUCCUUCCUGAGUGUGGAGCUGAUAUUCUUUGCAGUGACAGCCACGGGAUUGCUCAUUAAGCCCCGAGAGGGCAGUGUCGCUGGAGGAACAUGGAUUACUAUUACUCUUGACGGCUCAACAUCCCACCAGCUAGAAGGUGUCUCUUCAGCCAGCGCAUCCCAGCUGGAGGUGUCCCUCGUGAAUCCAGACCUGCCCAGGUUGCCAUGUGAUGUCUUUCCUCUGUACUUUGACUUACCCACUAUAAGAUGCAGAACAAGGUCUUCACCCCAGGAGGGUUUGUACUAUGUGGAGGUGAUCUUUAAAGGACAUGUGAUUAACAACCUGACUGAAGUGGAGAAAGAAAAUUAUACUUUCAAGUUCUCUGCUGCGCAGACACCUGUGGUUUACCAAAUUAGUCCACCAUCUGGCAUCCCAGGAAAUUUAAUAGAGAUUUAUGGGAAGGCAAUUGCUGGAAGAUAUGAGACCCUGGACUUCAAUGUGGAUUAUAUUGAUGGACCAGCUAUCCUUAUGGCCGAAGAAGGCGGAUGGACCAGUCUCUGCUCUUUUGCUGACAGGCGAGCUAGAAGCAUCUACCCUAUUCGGGCAGAGGAUGGACUGGGGACGCUGCAGUGCCGGGUGGAAGGGAACCACAUAGGGUCCCACAAUGUUAGCUUCUCGGUGUUUAACAAAGGAAAGUCAGCAGUACACAAAGGUGCUUGGCUCAUCAGUGCCAAACAGGAGCUUUUCUUGUAUCAAACGCAUUCAGAGAUAGCCUCUGUGUUCCCAGCUGGUGGCAGUCUCGGAGGAGGCACUGAUCUCACUGUCACGGGGGAUUUCUUUGAGGAGCCGGUGCAGGUCACUGCUGCAGGUGUCUCCUGUAAAGUCAAGCACGUCUCUCCCCAGCAAAUCAGAUGCACCACUGAGGCUGUCGGCAAGGGCAGGAGGCUUGGUGCCUCCCAGCCAGGAAAUAGAGGGCUUCUCUUUGAAGUCUGGGAUGACGCCUCUGAUCUGACAGAAGCAGGUCCUGGAUAUAGAUGGCAGUUUGUACCUAAUGCCAGUUCCCCAGUGCAAUUUCUGUCCGGGGCAAAGAAGUCCUUCAGCUCCAGGCUUCGUGGAUUUUUUGUGGCUCCUCAGACCAACAAUUACACCUUCUGGAUUCAGGCAGAUGGUCAGGCAUCUCUGUACUUAAGUUUGUCCCAAGAUCCAGAACAUAAGGUGAGAAUAGCUUCUCUCCCUGCCGGCAAUUCGGAGUGGUCUGAGAACUGGGUGAAGAACUGGAGCGAGCGUUGGCAGCCAAAAUCCCAGAAAUUUGAGCUAACUGCUGGUUCAAGGUACUACCUGGAAGCGCUGCAUCAUGAGGCCCCCAGCAAUGGGAUGAGAGUUGGAGUCCAGAUGCAUAACACGUGGCUGAAUCCCCACGUGGUGAACAACUACUACAUCGAGAGACACGAAAUUCGGGCUCACGCCUUGCGUCUUCCAGAAGUGCAGAUGUUGACUGUGUCUGGUACAGGGUGUUUCAGUAUCUCCUGGAAUAACAUAUUGCGCAGAAUGAUCCCCACAAACGCUACGGCUCGCCAGGUACAAACAGCAAUAGAGGAACUUCUUUCAAUAGGAUGUGAAACCGAGCCAACUUCUGCUAAAAUCCUUUUCCACCAUGGCUUUGAGAAAGAAGAUAUGAAGGAUGUCAUUACCACAGGACACAUCGUCAGUGGAACGGAGCCUUUCUGUGGGAGGUUCAGUGUUCACAGACCAAGCCACCUGGUGAAAACUUCCCCAUCAACUCUACCAAGAUAUGAUCUUACUGAAUACACACAUGUGUGUUUUGCACAUAAAGGCCAUAUGAGUAAUAUCCUUCAAAUCUCUGUGUCCUACACCAAUGCCUCUUUAUGCUCAGUGAAGAGGAACCUCACCUGCCUAUGGGAUUUCAAUGAAACUGACUCUAAAAGCUGGACAUUUACCUGCACUGACCUCUGGAAGGGGUGUGUAAAUCUCUCCACGCUUCUCCAGGACCUCCCUGCCGAUUCCCCGGUGUUUGUGCAUCAGAUAGACUUGCUGAGUCCUGUGCUGCAAAAGGAAACAUUUGGGUCAUUUUACCUUGAUGAAGUCAUCAUUGCAGACAGAGCUGUGACUGUUUCUCAGAGAGAUCCCAAACCACCUUGGCCAGGUGGGAGUACAGUUGAAGCAGUAUCUGUGGUGGGGUCUUCUCCCACAUACAAUGUGUCCUGGAUGGUGUCUGGCUGUGGUGCAAGUCUGCCCCUUCUCUCUCCAAGAGGUGCUUUGCUUGGGGAGGGCUCUAAGGAGUAUGGCCACCUCUACAUCUCCACGGAGGAUGUGAGAGUCAGCUUCACCAUUCAGAGACUGCAAAAGGCAUCCCCACCUAUUGGAGGGACCUUCCGCAUCCACUUGGCCAAUACAGUGAUAUCAGAUGUUUCGGUGCACAUCUCCUCCCGCCACCUCCGCAAGCUUUUGCAAGACAACAUAGAUAACUCUACAGCCCUGUACUUCAACACCAGUGACUUCAUUGUGACCAAAGACUCAAACUCUUGCUAUGAAAGCAUCUGGACGCUGACUUGGAAAACAAAAACUGGGGACCUGCCCAAUGUUAUCAGUGUCUCUGCUGAAAACCUCACUGGUCUGAAGCCAACUGUUUCUAGUCGUGUGGUUUAUGAUGGGGGUGUGUUUAUUGGGCCAAUAUUUGGGGACAUGCUUGCUACCUUCAAUAACAAAACACAGGUGGUGGUGGUGGUGAAUGAUGUCCUUGCAAACUGUUCUGGUUCAUGCUCUUUCCAGUUCAGCCAGGAAUUGACACCCUUAGUCAGCGAUGUGGAGUAUUCAUCAGACAACAGGUCCCAGGCCACAGUAGUUAUCAGGGGAGCUGGCUUCACUGAGGAGAAGCCAGCCCUGCAGGUGGAGGUGAACAACAUGACCUGCCACGUCGUAAUGCUGAAUCAAACCGAAGUGGUUUGCCAGAUGGAGAGGCUGCCAGUCGGAGUCUACCAGUUGACAUUACUGGUGAGACCUUAUGGCUUCGCACUCAAUGGCAGCACAGGAGAAGGCAUCUUCCUAAGAGCUGAGCCAAAGCUGGUAGUUAUCGAACCUCCUACAGCUUCAGAGAUUGGAGGAUUGAGAGUGGCUCUAAGGGGGACCAAUCUGGAAGGGGUUAACUUGGUGUUGUUUGGAUCUCAGCCUUGCCCGAUUUUGGAGGAUGACAGAAAUUCGACAAGAAUUAAAUGUGAAGUUCCCUCUCGGGGGACAGAAGAUGCUGCUGUCCAUGUGACACUGAUUUUUGGGUACCAGUCAACAACAGUAACCAACUUGUUCCAAUACGAUCCUUCCUUAAACCCUGCUGUUGUAUCACUGAGCAGAAACAGAAGUGGCAUAGCAGGGGGUCAGGAGCUUCAGAUUGGAAUAUCCCAGUUUGCCAGCUACCGAGGGUCAGAUGUCAAGGUCCAAAUUGGGGGCUCAUGGGCACAGAUCCAGGCGCAGACAGACCGUGGUGUUAAUGUGACGCUUCCAGCCUUGGCUGCGGGAUGGUACAACGUUUCUGUCAUCGUCAAUGGCAUUGCUAUCGCUUCAAACAGGGUUGAGCCGUUAAUCCAGUACCUCUCGGAGAUCUUCGGCAUAGAGCCCUGUUGUGGCUCUUUUCUGGGUGGAACACUGCUCACAAUCUCUGGGGUGGGCUUUAGCCAAAAUCCUGCCCUGGUUUCUGUUUCAAUGAACAGGCAAACCUGUACGGUGACUCACUUGGCAGAAGAGACAGUCUGGUGCCUGACUCCACCAGCUGCUAAUUUGUCUAAUGAAGAUUCACAAGAUAUCUCUGUCAGAGUAAACGUAGUCAUCAGCAAUAGGUCACUUCAGCAUGCUCUCUUUGCAAAAAGGACCACCACCUUUAAUUACCAAAGAGCUUUGACUCCUCUGAUUACUGUCGUUGAAAUGGAAAUCACAGAUAGCAGCCUGCUCUUGAGCAUCCAGGGGAUAAACAUCACUGGAUCUGUGGCUAAGCUUGGAUACAGUGAAUGUGAACUUGAGUUUCGAAGUGGCAACAAGUCUGCAAUGUUUUAUCAGUGCUCUUUGCCACUGGACAGUCUGGAACCUGGGACUUUCCCCAUCCAGGUUAUCCAGAGGCAGCUAGGAUAUGCUCGUGUGACAGCAAGGCUGCAGGCCCUUACAAUAACUCCGCGUAUAACCUCCAUAUUCCCAUCACGAGGAUCAAUCUGUGGUGGGAUGUUACUCACUAUAUCUGGUAUUGCUUUAAAAUCCAGGAGGAAUUUGGUACAGGUCAGCCUGGAGAGUAAUUAUUCCUGUGAGAUCCAGAACUCUGACAACAAUGCCAUUAGUUGUAUUGUCCUUCCAGGGGCUCAUCCUUUGCAUUAUCAGUGGCUGGCUGAGGCAUCUUGGGCCCUUAAUGUCACAGCGACUGUCAAUGGGAUCAGCAGUGUCUGCCUUGGAGACUGUACACUCCAUCUUCAUGAGCAGUGGACCCCCCUUGUAGAUUUGGUGACCUGGGAGACCGAUGGGACAUUCACCUAUGUGAUGAUUAAAGGACAGAGGUUGGCAUGGCCAAGUGAUAGCCCCAUGGUACACGUGAAUAACCAGGCUGUCUGCAAGGUAACUUUCUGGAAUGAGACCAGCAUCAAGUGCCAGACAGACUGCAUUGCCCCAGGGGAGCACAACAUUUCCAUAUCCAACGGGAAAAGUGGGCAAGCUUGCUUCAGAAAGGCGUCCAGUGUUCUCACCAUCCUGCCUCAGGUGUACCGGUUUUACCCACGAAACUUCAGUACCAAUGGUGGAGGCCUGCUCACCUUAGCAGGCUCAGCACUGAAAGGAAAGAGAAUGACUUCUGUUCUCAUUGAUCAUCACCCUUGCCUCAUUCUCAAUGUCACCUGCGUAGCUAUCCAGUGCACAGUGCCUCCAGGUACUGGGACUAGGGCUUUGAGUCUAAAAGUAGAUGGCAUCUCUUAUUACCUUGGAAGAAUAAGUUACAGUGAGGAGUUUACCCCAGUUUUCCUUUCGCUUGUUGCAACUGGUCUCCUUUUAACGAUGACAGUAUCACAGGUCACAGAGAUGGACACCAUCUACGUAUUUGUUGGAGACUUUCCUUGUAGUGGUGUCACCAUCACUCGCUCUGCUUUGCAGUGCUCAGCUCCUCUGCUCCCUGUUGGCGAGUACCACGUGCUGGGCCUGGAUGUCCCCAGGGGCUGGGCUUCCUCCAACCUGACGUUCACCUCUCAGCUGGUGGUGACAGCUGUGCAUCGCAACUGGGGUGGCUUGAAUGGAGGAGCAGUUUACCUGCAUGGAACUGGGUUUUCCCCAGGGAAGACUUUGGUCACAGUCUGUGGCACCAACUGUGGACUGCUGGGCAACACGACGAUGACUGACCUGAGCUGCCUUGCCCCACGCUUACACGCUUCUUUGGCCAUUCUCUGUGGCCUGACACAUUCUUCUGUCGACUGCCAAGAAGACAGAGCUACCUUCAUUGAAUGUGAUGUCCAAGUCACGGUGGGUUCCUAUCACCAGAGAGGAUCUGUGUCUUACCUGUAUGUCUGUGAGGACAGCCCACCUCAGUGGCACCGGAGGGACAUCAACCCACCCCAGAGGCAUUUUGCUGGACUCUUUGCCAGCCCUAAAGUGGAAAGAGAUGAAGUUCUCAUCUAUAAUAGCUCCUGUAACAUUACCAUGGAAACUGAGGCAGAGAUGGAGUGUGAGGGAGCUAAUCAGCCAAUUACCGCCAAGAUUACUGAGAUAUGGAAAAACUGGGGCCAGAACACUCAGCUUGCCCUCCAGUUUUGUGGCCGGUGGGACGAGGACUCCAGCUGGCCUGCUGGCCAUCAGCCGCGAGAUGGCGAUAACGUCACGAUAGAAGAAGGCUGGACCCUGCUGCUGGGGACCACCACCGCCAACCUCAACCUGCUGCAUCUCAAAGGUGGCAAACUCUUGUUCACUGGUCCAGGACCUGUAGAACUGCAUGCUCAUUACAUUCUGAUAUCUGAUGGAGGAGAGCUCCAGGUGGGAUCCCCUGAGGCCCCUUUCCGUCAUAAAGCACACAUCUAUCUCUAUGGAAGCCUCCAUUCUCCACCGUUAUUUCCCUAUGGGGUCAAGUUCCUGGCAGUAAGGAAUGGGACCCUUUCCAUUCAUGGCUGGAUGCCCAAAGUAGCUUUCACACACUUGAAAUCAUCAGCUCAUGCUAACGAUAGACGAUUAGUGCUCCAGGAACCUGUUGACUGGCAACCCAGUGAUGAAAUCAUAGUGGGAAGGACAGGCCUUGGAGAUGCACAGCAGCAAGAAGAAAUGGCUGUUAUAGAGUCUGUGAACAACACGGAGCUGUACCUUAGAUCACCGCUCAGGUACUCCCACAGUGUUGGAGAGGGAUGGGUGAAUGGCCAAAGCCUGCCUUUGAGUGCUGUGGUGGCACUGAUUAGCAGAAGGGUUGUUGUUCAAGGAAAUAUCACGAUGGAGAGGAUGUCACACCUCAGACAGUGUGCAAAAGCAGGUGUUACAAGAGGCGGCUCCAGGUGUCUGUACAAGCGAAGUGAGAGGCAGCUGGGGUCCCGGGACCUGGGGGCCAUCGUGAUUGUGGAGGCCUUCCAGGGAGAGGCGAGUCGGCUCCAGAUGGACGGGGUCCAGUUCCGCCAUGUGGGCCAAGCGUUUCAGCAGCACUGCAGCGCCCUGACUGUUGCUGGCAACACACGGAUGGCAGCCUGCCGUGUGCUCUUUGCUCACAGCACUCAUUUCUUUCCAGACUCUUACAUACGUGGUUGUUGUGUUUUGGACUCCUUUGGCCAAGGACUCCGUCUGACCGGGAUCUCAAACCUUAGUGUGGACAGUAAUGUUUUCUACAACAUUUCAGGCCAUGGGCUUCUACUGGGAGAGGGACUGGAAAAGGGGAACAGUGUCAGUAACAACAUAGUGAUUGGCCUUUCUGGAACAGACGGUUUAUCCAACAUUGAGACACUGUCACCAGCAGGGAUCUACAUCAGGGCUUCUGCCAACCACAUCAAGGGUAACACAGUGUGUGCUGCUGGGUAUGGCUAUUUCUUUCAUCUCUCCCCUGAGGGACCAUCUAAAAUGCCUCUCCUGUCCUUCAGUGAGAACAUAGCUCAUUCCUGCACAAGGUAUGGGUUGCUGGUGUACCCAGAAUAUUUGCCAGACAGCCCAAACAGACCUGUUCAGUUCAACAGCUUCACAGCUUGGAGCAGCCAAGGUGGAGCACAGAUUUUUAGUAGCAGCAACCUUGAACUCCAAAAUUUCUGGAUUUAUGCUUGCAAAGACUUUGGCAUUGACAUCGUAGAAAGCCUGGGAAACACUUCUGUAGCUGAUAGCGUUUUAAUUGGACACAUUGGGCAAAAGGAUAGGACCUGUAUGUCAGCAGGACUAAAAACUCCCAAAAGAUACCAACUAUUCAUCUCCAACACAACUUUCAGGAACUUUGAUGCGAACACUUGCACAGCAAUCAGGACUUGUUCUGGCUGCUACCAAGGGCAGGGUGGGUUCACAGUGAGAGCUGAACGUCUGACCUUCAUCAACUCACCUUUCCAAGUGUCCUUCCCUUUUCCUCACUCUGCCAUCCUUGAGGAUCUCGACGGCUCUGUCACAGGGCAGAAAGGAAGUCAUGUCCUCCCUUCCACAGAUAUCCUUGUGGUAUCUUGCACAGCCAGUGCCAACUUCAGUCAAGCUUCUGGUGGCAGUGUUUGUGGCAGGGACCUUGUUUUCCACCGUAUGUCUCUUCAUCUAAAAGAGGCUCCAGACAUUCCCUAUAAUUUAACUGUGACUGACAGUAGGAAUAAGACAACCACAGUCAAUUAUGUCUCUGAUACUUUAUCAAACCUGUAUGGCUGGAUGGUUCUCCUCUUGGAUAAAGAGACCUAUGCGUUGACAUUUGACAACUCUUUGGUCAGCAAACAGCUCCAGUAUUCAGUGACAUUUAGCAACUUCAUGACUGGGAAUUACUUGCUGGUGGAACACAAGGAUCUUCCUGCCCAUCCUGAGGUAGUGGUGUCCUGUGGGACAAGGACUGGACAGCCACUCCAAUCGCUGCCUUCAUAUGGACAUCAUAGGAGCUGUGACUGGUAUCUUGACAGCAGACUGAGGAAGCUAACCUAUUUGGUCACAGGAGCUGACUUAAUUCAGGUCACACUGAAAGAGAACGAGAGAGUGGCUUUACCUACCCCAGUUCCUUCUGAUGCUGUCUUGAAAUGGUCACACCCAGAGACAUGGAAAGAUGUGGAAAAAGGCUGGGGUGGAUCCAGCUGCAGCAUCCCAGGCCCUGAAGACGUCAUCAUCUUACCCAACCGGACCAUCCUGGUGGAUAUGGCUCUUCCCCCUCUGAGAGGCCUCUAUAUCCUGGGGACCCUCGAGUUCCCCAGCAACUCCAGCAAUGUCCUGAGUGCAGCCUGUAUCGUGGUGGUGGGGGGCACGCUGAAAGUGGGUUCUUUUCAACAUCCCCUAGAAAGGGAUUUAAAGCUGCUGGUCCUUCUUCGGGCAUCUGAAGGGAUUUACUGUGAUCGUCUGGAGGAAAUAAAUGUCCACCCAGGGAGCAUUGGGGUUUAUGGACAGGUGCAAAUUUAUAGCGCUUAUCCUAAGACGUCUUGGACACAUCUGGGAACUACAGUUUCUCCUGGCAAUGAAAGGAUUUUUGUGGAGGACGAAGUAGAUUGGAAUCAUGAUGAAGGUAUUGUGAUCAGCUCGUCCUCCUACGAAGCCCACCAAGCUGAAGUAGUUACACUUAAAGAAGUCAAUGGUCGUAGCAUAAGAAUUCAUGAACGCCUUCUGCACAGGCAUAUUGGGCAUUCCCAUGACACAGAAGACGGUAGACGCAUCCCUUUGGCUGCAGAGGUUGGACUCCUAACACGGAACAUACAGAUCAAGUCUGAUGUGGCUUGCGCUGGGAGGAUGCUGGUGGGACGUUUUACAGACUCCAGUGGGACAGAGUUUGAAGGUGUCCUUCAACUCUUAAAUACUGAAUUUUCGAACUUUGGGCCUCCUCAGCUUUCUGCCAUUGAAUUCAGAAAUAUAUCCCAAGGGUCCUCGGUGGUGUCAUCCAGCAUUAAUGGUAGCUGCGGAGCUGGCAUUAAAGCAGUCAAGAGCAACUGCAUCUUGUUGCAUGAUAACACAGUGUUCAACACGGUUGGACCUGGCAUCGAUUUGGAAGGGCAAAAUCAUUCUCUCAUCAGGAACCUUGUUAUUCUGAGCAGGCAGCCAGAAGGUUUAUUAAACUGGGUUGCUGGCAUCAAGGUGAACCUUGUUAUUGGUGUCUCCCUCUGUGGCAAUGCUGUGGCAGGAUCUGAGCGAAUUGGCUUCCAUAUCAGGGGCCAAGAGUGUUUGCUAGAUGGAGAGUAUUGCAGUGAAAAUGUGGCCCAUUCAAGUCUCCAUGGUAUUCAUCUGUACCAAGGAGACGGAUUUCAGACCUGCACUAGAAUCACAGGUUUUCUAUCCUAUAAGAAUUACGACUAUGGUGUCAUGUUCCACCUUGGAAGCAGCGUCAUCAUGGACAAUGUGGUGCUGGUGGACAAUACUGUGGGUCUCAUGCCAGUAGUGUACUGCCUCUAUGCCAAGCAAUGCCACACGGGGAAAAGAUUCAUAGAACUCAGAAACUCCGUCAUUGUCGCAACAAGCUCAACUUUUGACUGCAUCAGAGACAGGAUCAAGCCUCACUCAGCUGAUCUAACAGCCAAAGAUCGACCACCAUACUACCCUCUAAGAGGCCGUGUUGGGAUUUUAUGGCCUACGUUUACCACUGUUCCCAGCCAAAGGCCAGAUAAUCCAUGGCACAAAACUGGGCAUUGUCCAAAAGUCCUGGGACUCAUGAAGUUGAAAGAAGUCACCUUUACUGGUUUUACAAAGAGCUGCUACAGUGAAGACAGGGAUGUCUGCAUCAUGUCAAAUGCUGACCAUUUAGGCAUCAUGCCUCUUAUCACAGCGGAGACAUCAAGGAUGUUACAUGUCAACGAGAAGGGCAAGUUCUACUUUCAUCCAACAAGUGUACAGACCUCUGAAGACACCGUGUUCCCUGAGAUGAGAUGCAAAGGCUCGAGGAAGGCCCUUUUCAAGGAUUUGGAUGGAGGUGUCCUGGACCUAGAACCUCCUGUUUCUGUUUUCCCGAAGUCAGAAUUUGAAUGGACAGAGUUUUACUUGCAAGCUGGAAUUUACAGAGAUGACAGCAAGUGCAUCUUCAAGCCCUCAGUACAGGGCUACUUCUGCAAACAGGCAGAUCACGCACUUGUCAUCCUGGAAAACUUGGACCCGAGUAUGGUGAGCCAGAGACUGUUUCCGGUGGUAGCAAUGACUGGCAGCUUUAUGGAUACCUUCAGUGAUGUGACUUCGCAUACAUUGUGCUAUCCUGCAAAGCAUCGUUCUACUUUCUUUUCUGUGUUGCCAUCCACCAAACUCACUACGAUUUGCUUCCCAGACCUAGCACCUCUGACUUUCAGACUCUACCUCCUCAGUGGCCAAAAUGCAACCAGACUGCCCCUAGCUAUAUUCUACGAUGAACCACUCAGCCUUCGUGUUUCUGUUCAAGGGAAAUAUGUCCCUCCAACUCCAUCUUCGUUUUCACUGAAUGAAGGGGCAGGAGCCAAUUACUUUAGCUUUGAGGACAAUCUUCUCUAUGUUCUCCUCCAUGAGAAGGAACCUGUAGAAAUAGUUGCCGGCCUUUCCCUUCUUGUGGCUUUCACUGUAACUGAGGCUGUUGGGGAAGAGGGUGAGGCAAGUAUAACACAUCGAUUGGCUGAUUUCUUGAAGGUUCGUCAUGAUCAAGUCAGAGUAAUCCAUCAUGUGCUGGGAGGUGAAAGCAUGUUGAAGGUAAUCUCGACCAAUGCUAGCAAAAAGAAAUAUCACUGCCCUAACAUGGCAUUUUGCACAGCCUUUCAUAGCAGGUAUGGCUCACAGAAAGUGGGGAGCGGACCAGUGAGCAUGCGAGCUCUGCAGCCAUCUGAUGCAGCUGGUCCAUCAAGAGUGCUCAUCAUUGAACUUAGUGAUCCACCAGGCCAUCUAAGAAAUGAGCUGACAAGUGACAGCUUAAAGAGUUUGGCCAGAACAAUUAUCAAUUCUCAUCAGACUGGAGACCUUCAGAGAGGCCUUGGCUUGCCAGUUGAUACCUUAAUGGUGACUCAGUCUGCCUUACUGUUUCCAGCAGAAGCUAACAAUAGCAGACAACACCCAGGAACAUGCUUGUAUGUGAGGCCCUAUAACAUCUCUGUUCAGGUGCAGCCCUCAGAUGGAGAAAUCGAGAAGCAGCUUCCUGUACAGCCAAAAAUCAUUUUCCUGGACAGGAAGGGUCAAAGAGUUGACAAACUGGGGCCUCCCUCAGAACCCUGGGUUGUAUCAGCUCACCUCAAGGGCUCCUCCGAGGCUGUGCUAAAAGGGCUCACCCAAGUGCAGGUCAUAGAUGGAUGUGCAAGCUUUUCCAGCCUGGCUGUCUCCAGUGCAGGCACAAACUGGAAACUUGUGUUCACUGUCACAUCACCUCCAGGGGCUAAGUUUACUGUGCUGUCUCAGCCAUUUACCAUCUUCCCUGUCCCCAUGGGAGCAAAGGCCAGCAUGAUCCUUGUUGUCAUACUGAGUUCAGCAGCAUCUUCAUUCACCCUCACUCUUGCAUUCUGCUGGUUCAAGAAGAGCAAAAGCAACAAAACGAGGACUGAACAGGCUGAUGUACCGCAGGCCAGUACCAAGGGACACCGUAAACAAGCACAGCCUCAUGCAGCUCACAUCCAGCCUUGCUACAAUCAAGGAGAAAAUAAAAGUGGUGUGCCUGUAGCAGGAGGUACGGAAGCAACUGGAGCAGUGGCACAUGCUACAGGACAACUGGAGGAGCUGAACCUGCAGCCCUGUGAAGCCGAGUCAGUGAGAAAGAUGAGCACUGUCCAGAGUAAGACAGGUGACAGAGACACCUUUUCUUCAGCUAGGAAAAGUGACAGUCACCAACAGCUACAUGGAGGAACAUCUCCUGGUGACUCUCUGGAACUUCAGCAGCCAACUGUCCGGCGAUGCUCCAGCCAGAAGGAUAUCCCCCAGCCUUCAGCUGGUUACAACAAGGAAAGGGGGAAGUCCGAAAGGAUGCCCAAACAUCAGAAUGAUGUUGGAGAGCAUGUUGCCGUGGUAGCAGCAGAGGUAUAAGAAAAGUGAUGU